AUGCGCAAGGCAGCGCCCCCGCUGGCCGGCCCGGCCUUCUCGCCCAAGCAGAUUGCGCGCUUCUACUUUACCAAGCUCGGCGAAGGCUCGGUCGUCGACACGAAGACGGGCGUGACCAAGGUUACCGAUCGCUACCAGUGUCUCCACUGCGCGUCACCGCACAUCGUGACGAUUCAGCGCAACGCGGGCUACAACAACCUCGCGCAGCACGUGUAUUCACAGCACAAGGACUACGCUGCGCUCAUGUCGUCGUCGCCGCUGCCGACUGCCGCCACGGACCGGCCAUCCGUCGCCACGGACCGGCCGACCUCGGUGCGGUCCAAGGCGUCCCUCGGGGCGACCGUCCACAACUACCUCGACUGGAUCGUCCGCGCGCACUUGCCAUUGGACUUUUGCCCGAGAUAG